UGGCGCACCGCCGCACGAAGAGACUUACGGGACUCCGCGACACCACGCAGCCUUCAAAAGAAGUCGUCGGCGGGACUGAAGCGCGCAUAUAGCGCCUUACACCGAUCGACUACACCCCAUAACGUCACCGGGGGGCGGCGGGAGGGUCUUUUCCAGGCGCCAAGUUCGUCUACAGCUGCAGAAGCCCUCCGAGGGUGCGGAGCGCGGCGGACAUUUGGAGCGCAGCUGGACUCGAGAAGCCCGCGACCGGCGACAUGCUGCACAACCGAGCGCUCUCGUGCUUCGUCGUCUACGGCGCGCUGCUCAUCGUCAAGAUGUACGUGGUGGCCAUCAUCACCGGGCAAGUGCGGCUGCGGAAGAAGGCCUUCGCCAACCCGGAGGACGCAGUGAGGCACGGAGGUCUGCAGUACCAGCGGGAGGACGAGGAUGUGGAGAGGUGCCGCAGGGCCCACCGUAAUGACAUGGAGAACAUCCUGCCCUUCCUGUUCCUCGGCGCCGUCUACUGCAUGCUGGAGCCCAGCCUGAUGGCCGCUCAUGCCCACUUCCUCGUCUUCUUCUUGGGCCGACUGCUCCACACCGUGGCCUACCUGGGCAAACUGAGGGCACCCAUUCGCUCUGUGGCCUACAGCAUCGCCCAGUUGCCCUGCUUCUCCAUGGCUGUCCAGAUACUGGUGGCUGCCUUGUCCAGCUGAGGUGGACCUGCUGUACGUGUGUGAAAGUCACUCUAUGGAAUAAAGAUUGGUGGUCUGGU